UAAUAUUAGAUAUGAUUUCUUGAAAGAGAAGUGUGCUUGUAAUUUUCUUUUGUUUAGAACCCAAGUUGGAAAAAUAUCCAACUAUAAACUAUACCUCCAUUUUCAUAAACCCCACCUUAUUCCAUCAUCAUAUAAACCACCAAACAUCUCAGUUAUUUGCUCUCUCUCUGAGUUUGUUAUCUUUGGGUGUUGGUCUGAGAAGUUGAGCUUUGUCUGGAAGGAAAUGGGCAGGAAGUGCUCACAUUGCGGAAACACAGGCCAUAAUUCAAGGACCUGCAACACUUAUAGAGCGACUGCUGUGGGAGGACUUAGGCUUUUUGGUGUUCAACUUGACAUGUCUUCAUCAUCUGUUUCCAUGAAGAAGAGUUUUAGCAUGGAUUGCUUGUCUUCAGCCCCUCCCUCAUCGCCCUCUCCUUCUUCUUCUAGAGUUUCCAUCGAUGAAAAUUCUGAUAAAACUUCCAUUGAUUAUCUAUCUGAUGGUCUUAUGGGUCGAUCUCCGGACAGGAAGAAGGGAGUUCCAUGGACAGAAGAGGAACACCGAACAUUUCUACUUGGGCUGGAGAAGCUAGGGAAAGGGGACUGGAGAGGCAUCUCCAGAGACUUUGUGACUACAAGAACUCCAACCCAAGUUGCAAGUCAUGCUCAAAAGUAUUUUCUUCGACAGUCAACUCUCAACAAGAAGAAGCGACGUUCGAGCCUGUUUGACAUGGUUAGAGGCAGUAGCGUGGCUGGAUCUCAUGUUAACAGCUCUAACUCCCAGCCUAGUCAUACAAUUCCUCAAUUAGGUUUGCAUCAUCAUCAUCAUCAUGCCAUGCCCGUUAACCUGGAGCAUGGGUUCAGUGAUUUCCGGACAGAAACAUCAAAUGCAGCACAAUCUAGCAAUAUCUCUCCAAAUGUGGCGCCUGAUCUGGAGCUCACGCUUGCCACCCCAAGGCCUUUAGAAGAAAAUAAGUCAUCCUCAAGAACCCUCCUUAACAGACCUAUUAGCGUUACUUGACAACUUUGCAAGGAUAAGAUAUACUGAAUGAAUAACCAUGUCAUUUCUGUUCAGGCUGAUGAAGAUGAAGGAACAUACUAUCCAGAUUUAGGCAAUUACUUUCGUUUAUGAUACAUAGUUAAUUUUUUGAUAAUACACUCAUGGGUGUUUUCGGGUUUUGUUUGGAUCUAUUUUCUUUCUCGAAUAAUUUUAAAAGGCGACAUUAUAGCAGAAUCAUCCUUUUAUUCUUUAAUUUGCCAAUGAUUGCAGAAUGUGAAUUAGCCUAUUGCUGGGCCUAAGCCAUUUCCCCAUUGUUUUUUGGUAUGUGAAAGGACCACAAAGUCAGAAAUAGCAGCAAGAAAUGAAUUAACUUUAUGCAUGUUUAUUGUUUGCAUUAGCGAUGAUUAACAAAGGCAUCUUUCCCUUCACCACCUCCUCUCCUCCAAAGGAGUCAGAUUUUUUUUUUUUCUUUUUCAAUGCCCAUACCGAACCACCUUUAUGUCUGCUUUUGUUCAUUCUAAAAUGGGGUCUAAAAGGUGAUGAUUUACAAUUGUGACAACUUCUCACUUCAUUUUACUCCUAGCUGUGUUAACAGCGAUAGAUGUAGAAAAGAACCAA